AUGUAUGUCCAUAUCUUUCCAACUUCAUAUAGUCAAACGAGUAUUAAUAGAUUAAUAAUGAAAGCCCAAUUGUUCAGCAAAACACCGUUAUUGAAACAUCAAUUCAAAAGAAGUAAAGGCCCUCAAGUGCUUUUGAAGUAUGAAUUUUUACAGCCGAGUGGUAGUUUCAAAAGUAGAGGUAUCGGACAUUUAAUCUCUACAAAGGUAGAAGAAAUAAAGAAAUCCUCGCCUGAAAAAAUCGGUCACGUGUUUGCUAGCUCUGGCGGUAACGCUGGAUUGGCGGCGGCGGUUGCGUCCCUCGAAUUGAACGUUCCCUGUACAGUAGUUGUGUCGAAUGCAACACGUCCAAGAAUUAUAGAAAAGAUUCGCUCCUACGGCGCAGAUGUUGUUGUUCAUGGUAACCAUUGGAAAGAGGCAGAUUCUUUCAUGAAGGAGCACCUUAUGAAGAAACUUGAUUCCUUUAAAUACGAGCCAAUUUACAGCCAUCCUUUCGAUAAUCCGCUAAUUUGGGAAGGCCAUUCCUUUAUGGUGGAUGAAAUCAUGGAUGUCUUGGCUAGUUCAAAAAUACCUAUAACCAAAAUUAAAGGUAUUGUUUGCAGUUUUGGAGGCGGAGGUCUAUAUAACGGGUUGAUUUUGGGUUUGCAACGGUAUAAUUUAGCUGACAAAAUUCCGAUAGUAUGUGUCGAAACGAAGGGAACAGACGUAUUGAGCGCCUCUUUGCGUGUAGGAGCACCAGUGGAGUUUGAAAAAAUAUCCAGUUGUGCUACUUCACUAGGGACAGCAACCAUAUCAACAACGGCUUACCAAAAUGUGAAACGUCACGGAAGCAAGUCAGCUGUCAUCUCUGAUACUGAAGUGAUUUCAACUUGCCUUCAAUUUUCUAACGAUACCAACAUAGUUGCGGAACCUGGGUGUGGGGCAACGUUAUACUUCGGGUAUAAUAUCGAUAAACUACAAAAUAUUCUCGGUUCAGACAUUAAAGAUGAUGAUUAUGUCAUCUUGAUCGGUUGUGGUGGGUCAUCUACAAGCUUAGAGGAUCUUAAAGAGUUAUCUAGUUUUACUAAUUGUGAAUUUGAGCUUCCUUCUACUGGUGUGAGCCGUCUGAAUUCCCAUUCGUUACACACACUCCAGUAG